GUUUUGACACUUUGAAGCGUACAUAAAAACAAAAUCUCUGUAUGUGGCCAAAUUUAGCUGCUGGUGGCUAGUAGUGGCUAGUGGCAGGUUCCUCGCUGCAAGAUCGUUGGAAAACGAAAAUUCUGCGACCGUGUGACACUUUUUUUGUGGCCAUUCGUGACAGUGUACUUUAUAUGUGCGAAUUCCACCAGCAAGCUCCGUAGGAAAUAAAUACGUGGCCCCGCUUUUGUAGCGGGGUUUUGUAUGUGGGAGUGGAUUUAAGAUAGGUCGUUCAUUGAAGGAAAACAAGUGAUCCGUUCCGAAUUUCCGGUGAACUACUAGUUCCGGCACCACCCGUUGCAACCGAUGGGUAAAUACACGCAAAGCUCCAAUUUGAGCAAUCAUCGGAACUUGGAGCAAGUAAGCAAUGAUUUGAUACAGGAAUGCAAGGCUUGUACCGAGCACAGUCGGCUGUCCAAGUGUCUCCGGGAGCGACUGGAAAGCCUACCGCGCCAUGUCCGCAAGGAAGUGGUAAAACGAACACGGGACGGUUGUUCGCCGCUGUUCAUCGUGUGCCGACGGGGUAACGUCGAAAUCACCGAGUAUCUGAUCACGGUUUGCGAUGCCAACAGCGAACAGAAAGGUCUGUACGAGGUGUCCGAAGAUCGAUCGGUUCACUGUGUCACCCCCCUGUGGUGUGCCUGCGUAUCCGGAAAUCUUCCGGUGGUCAAAUGUCUCGUCCGUCUGGGAUCCAACAUCAACGCUCUCUCGGACACGGGUUCGACCCCGUUGCGUAGUGCUUGCUUCAUGACACACAUCGACAUUGUUCAAUACCUGGUGGAGAACGGAGCGGACAUCCGGAAGCCAAACUACAACGGUGGCACCUGUCUGAUCAAUUCGGUGCAAUCGGUUCAGCUGUGCAGUUAUCUAAUUAGCAAAGGAGCGGAUGUUAAUGCUCGGGACAUUCAGGACAAGACUGCUCUGCACUAUGCGAUUCAGGAGCACCGGCUAGAAACGGCUCAGCUGCUGCUGGAACACGGUGCAGAUCCAUUUGCCAAGAGUCGCUACGGUGACGAUGCUCUCCAGACGGCGUGCCUAAAGGGGGCACAUCAGAUUUUCGAUUAUCUCAAAAACCGGAUCAACUAUUGCUCGGAACGGUUGGCCGAUGCUCACGAACUGAUCGGUUCCACCUUCAUCGAUGAUCACAAUGAGACGAGAGUUGCUAUACUGCACUGGCGGUUGGCCCAUCACAUUCGUCUGAGAGAGGCUAACUACAUUCGAAAGAGGCCGGAGGUUCCUCCGCGACAUGCCUACGGAAAUGCGGUCGAAUUUUCCACCAUCGUUGAGCUCGAUAAUAUUGCGGCCGAUGUGGAUGCGAUGCGGAUCCAGAGCUUGCUGAUAUACGAGCGAAUACUGGGAAUCGAUCACAAAGAUACGCUGUUCCGACUGAUGUUCCGUGGUGCUUCCUAUGCUGAUUCUUUGCGCUUCCAGCGAUGCAUCGAUUUGUGGCUGCUGGCACUGCAUGUGCGAGUGCAGAAGUAUUCCAUUUUGUAUUCGGACACCUGCCUCACGGCACAGGCCAUCGUAAGGCUUAUGCUAGACUUGCUAGAUAAGUACGUGGACGUGAUGCCAAAUGAGUUCGUGGAGCAAGGAAUGCCCCGAUUCGAGGAUGUCUUCGAAGUGUUUCAGGUGCUAACUUCCAAUAUCAAUGCAUCCCGCCAGUUGCUCAACAUCCGACCGGUGCAUCGAAAGCAGCAGGAAAAUUUCGAUCGGAUUCUGAAAUGCCUAACCCACCUGAUGUAUCUGCUGAUUGCGACGGCGAAGAUUGAAGACGAACGGGAACUGGUGAACGAAUCCGUCCGGACGUUGGUACGCAACAACAUCCGCAGUGCGAUUACCAACGACACCCUGCUCCAUCUGUCCGUCUCGCGGCUGAACGUGAUCAAGAGUGGCUACUUCACCGACGACAGCAGUUUGCGGGUGAUCUUCCCGAAUCAGAACGUGGCCAAGCUGCUGCUGGAGUGCGGGGCCCAUGUCAAUGCGAAGAACGAAAGCAAAUCGACCCCGCUGCUGGUGGCCUCGAUGCCGUACAACUACGAGAGAGAGCUCGUCUUCAUGCUGCUCGAGUACGGUGCCCAUCUGGACCAGCCGAACCGGAACGACGACCGGCCGAUGUCGCUGAUUUCGAUCAAUCCGGUCAACGACAUCCCGCUGGUCAACUACAUCACGCUCAAGUGUCUUUGCUCGACGGUGAUCACCAAGUUCGGCAUACCGUAUCGCAACCAGAUCCCGCGGACGCUGGAAGACUUUGUCCGAUGGCACGAACCGUAGUGACGAACACCGGGGCGCAACUUCUUCCCGUCUGCUUCGGUGUAAACUUUGAGGGUUUUUUUUUGAUCCACUUUUCGUCCAACACCCGUUAACCCGCCUUCCACGAGAUUCGAACUGAUGAUGAUCCACCUUCGUUUGUUCCUUUGCUUUAAAUUUCGUCUAGUGUGUAUGAGUUUAGUUUCGUGUUUUGUUAGAUAAAAAAAAGUUUACGACGAGUCUCAUAGCUGAAUCGAAAUUUCAGACGCCGCGAGUAGUGAGAUGAGAUUAUAGGAUGCGAUUCGUCCUGGGAUCGGCACUGAACUGUGUGUACAAGCCUAAAUAACUGGGUUUGCUAUCGAACGGAAUUGAUGCAGACUGUUGUUUUUUUUUCGUUCUCGGUUUCGUUUUCAGUGCUUGGUUUGAUUUUAGAACAAGAAGAAGAGAGAAAAAAUAUUACUGUGACGAUACAGGCUUGUGUACUACGCUGUCAAUUGUGAAUAACUCUAGUAUUUGUCGACAGUAUUGAUCCAAUCUUAUCUAGGGUAAUAUAAAUAAUCAAUAAUCAGGAGAGUUACUAAACGGCGGAAGCACAGAAAGAGAAGGGCUUUGGUACUCUGUUCUCAAAUGGUUUUUGUGUAUAAUUGAACAUUCUACUUACGAAUCACCCUAUGUGAAAACAGGCCUUAAAAAUUUAUUGGUCAUUUUUCGGUCCUUUAAGCUUGUGAAUCAAUCAUAUUUUGUGCGAAAACCGAUAUUUUUUAUGAGCUUGGAUUUAAAAAAAUGAUUUUGGGUCGGAGUUUUACAAACUAAAUGUAGUUUUUAUUCGGAGCUAGAAAACGCUUUCUCAUUAAGGGUGAAGCCAGAGAGAAAGCGACAAGCAACGCGAUACGAAACUUGAUAGUUCGCACGUAGUUGCGCGACAGAGCUCCGUCCACUCAAGUUCAGCAGAAAAAUUACAAGUAUGUUAGGGUGAAGCCAGAGAAAAAGCGACGCGAAGCGAUGCGAUGCGAUCAUUAAAGUUCUGUUGUUCAUUCAUUUGUUUACAGCAAAAAAUUAACAUGUAUUUCAGAGUAAACACGAGGCGUUGCGUAUUGACAAGCGAAUUUCGGUGCGACAAACAACGAAGCAGUACGUGCCCAGUUUUUCAUGCGAUUAACGAGCGACCAAAGGUUUCCUAAAUAAUUUUUCGUUAUGGCGAAAGAAGAUAAUUUUAUUUAUAUUAAAGCAGUUUCAACGGAAUGCGCAAGUGUUGGAGAUUUGAAAACAUUAGAAAUUACUGGCAUGUACAGCCGAUAAAAGUGCAUUAAAUGAGUUUUGAGAAUAUUUCGAGUUAUGCCGAAGGAAAAAGUUCAUACGUUUUCCAUAAAUUUUAAGUUGAAAAUGUUAAGAAGCUGGCUUCCAAUCGGCACUACUUCUGGAAAUAGAACUUCGAAAAUUGAAACUAGCAAAGCAAAGUCCUGGCAUUACAUUCCUUUUGUGGAAUUUGGCCUUUCUGUUCCAACAGACUUCGCAGCCGAUUCUUAGUGUACAGAAUCAUUGCAUGGCUAGUACUAUGGAUCCUACUGACACUAAGAAUCCUUCCAGGUCGGGGCUCGAACAUACGACAACUGGCUUGUAAGACCAGCGUCCUAUGCAUUGAACCGCCAACCCGGGCUACGAAAGUUGAAACUACUGCAGAAAAAAAAACAUUGUCGCGUGAGAAAGAUUUGCAUUCUGCAAAAAAAGCUACAACUUUGGAUAGAGCUGCAGGCGAUUAACACUACAGCAUGUAGAUGGCUUGAAUAAGAGUUGAUUUCGAUUCAUUUUGAUCAGAUGAUUUUGAUUCAUUUUGAUCAGAAAUUUCUUUUCAUUAAAUAGGAAUACAAUUAAAUUUCUAAUGUUUUCAAAUCUCCAACACUUGCGCAUUCCGUUGAAACUGCUUCGAUUAGUGCUUUGUUAUCAAUAAAAUUAUCUUCUAUUGUUUUAUUACUACUAUCACUUAGGGUGAAGCCAGAGUGGGAGCGACAAGCGACGCGAAGCGAUGCUAUGCGAAUAUUAAAGGACCGCACGGCGAAGCACGACCGAAUUUCGUCCACUUCAAAAAAAUAAACAUGAAUGCCACAGUAAACACGAUAUGUUGCGUAGCAACGAGCGAUUUUCAGCGCGACCAUCGACCAAGCACCACGUGCAAAGUUUUUACGCGAUCUGCGAGCGAACAGAGGUUGAAUUAAUUUUUGUCAUGACGGAACAAGAAAAUUCGAUUGAUGUUGAAGCGCUAAUCGGUGCUAUUUUUAAACAAAAUGCGCUCUGGGAUCAACAAUAUCGUAAUUACCGGAAACGGGAUCCUGUGAAGAAGAAGAAGUAUUAAGAACUACUGGUUAGUAUAGUCAUGGAAUUUUUGAGAAUCUUUGACCAAUUCUUUGUACAGAUGGUGAUAUUCAUCGAACUACUGUUCUACUGUUUCGAUUAAUGGGAUGAAUUCCGAACUCUUUAUGAUUUUCGAAGAAAUAGUUGCGUACGCCCUCGAACAUAAAAAAGUACGGGUGUGUAAUGUCAGAGACAUAACUGGAUGUCGUGAAUACGAAUAAAACUGACACGAUUUCUUUACACUUUCGAAUUCGAAUUGAUAGUUGAUCGAUUGUGUGAAUUGCGAAACUUUCCCCCUUUUCACUACUAAACUUUUCAACGAGUUUUGACGACGAUUGUCUCAUUUCGGAUUUGCAUAUUUCAUUGAAAGAAACUAUUAAGAUUCUGUACAGGAUUAAUUUCUGACAAUUAGAAGGACCAAAUUGUGGAGUUCUCUACGAUAUUUAGCACAGUUCGGAGCAUUGAUCUCGAACGAUUUUCGCACAGCAAAAAGUGCAAGAACCAAAUCAAAUUAUUUUGGAUUUUCACUAAACUGAUGAUUUCUACCUUCAAAUUUCAAAGAAGUAAUCUUAAUAGUUCUUUAGAUAACAUUUAGAGCCAUUAGAACGGCUGAUUUUAUAUAAUGUUGUCCACAUUUCGUUUCUUGUUUUCUUUCUCUCCAAUGCAAAGCACCAGCAGCUGAUGCAAUCGUUCUUGCUUGAAUUGAAACUAGCUUUGCGUACAAACCGACACAUCCGCUCGCAGUGCCAAAUGAUGCAAAACUGGUUUAAUUCGUCUUCUCGCCUUGACGAUCGGCACCACGCAAAAGAUCUGCUCUCAUUAUUAACGACCGCUGCUCCCGACGAUUGAAGUCCAAAUGAAAGCACGACCUAAGCGUUUGAGGUUUUAUACCACGCAAAAGGUCUGCUUUCAUCGACGACUGCUCCACCUGACGAUUGAAGUCCAAAUGAGAGCACGACCUAAGCGUUUGAGGUUUGGCACCACGCAGAAGGUGCACUCUCCGAAGCUGCUGGUCCCACGACGUCUGCUUGCAUCCAACGCACAAGAAGAAAUGAUCGAAUUUUGCAUAUUUUUUUUUUUUUUGCAUAAAUAUCUGUUUAUUAAUCUUAUUUUUGUGUAUUACAUCAACAUUUUACAGUACAAGUGUUUUGACCCUUUGGCCUUUCAUCUUUGUUGUUCAUACGAUUCGUUAUUAAUAAUAGGUGU